CUUCAGCAGAAACACUCUCAACUGCUUGUAGUUUGUCGGCUCCACGUUGAGGCUCACAGCUCGCGCAGCAUCUCACGCUCGCUUGUUGUUAUUUAUCACUUCUUUCCAAACACUUGUUCCGGCUCCACAUGACGUUCAGGCGGCUGAAGAAGCGGAACUCCGGCGGGCCGGACUCUGGCGGGCCGGACUCCGGACCCGCAUCGCAAGAGAGCGACAUUUAUUUCCUCUCGUCUAAGUCGGACAGCUGCGGGACUGCGGAGCUGCAGACGAGCUGCUCCGAGGUUUACAACUACAAGACCCUGGCGUACUCCGGGGGGACGCUGCCCCGCAGCUCCAGGAAGGGCGGCGGACUGCAGAAGUGGAAACCUUUAACUCUGACACCUGAACCACAAAGAAAGGUGGUGGUGCUGGAGAAGAAGGAGGAGGAGACGUUUGGUUUUGAGAUCCAGACGUACGGCCUGCACCACCAGGACCAGAACUCGGUGGAGAUGUGCACGUUUGUGUGCAAAGUGCACGACGACAGCCCGGCGCUGGAAGCGGGACUUAAAGUUGGGGACACCAUCACAAGUGUGAACGAGGCCACCGUGGAGGGGUUUCGGCACAAGGACAUCGUGCAGCUCAUCAGGUCGUGCGGGAACACACUCAGGCUGGAGACGGUUUACAGCGACUCCAUCCGGAAAGCGGAGAUGGAAGCGCGGCUGCAGUAUCUGAAGCAAACUCUUCACGAGAAAUGGGAUGAGUAUCGGUCGCUGAUGGUGCAGGAGCAGAGGCUGGUUCAUGGCAUAGUGCUGAGUGACGCUGCAGUGUACGAGUCCCUGGAGUCCGCAGGCGUGUACGGCAGCCUGGGCACCCCCAGCCCCGCCGCUCAGAGAGCCCUGCGCUGCACCGGCAGCACCAGCAGCAGCGCCAGCUUUCUCAGCACGGCCACCGAGGACGACCCGCUCUACCAGACCUGCCUGUACCAGGCGGACGGCAGCGUGGACUCCGACAAGAAGAAGGAGAAGACGAGGCAGCAGCGCAUCCGACCCGCCAGCGAGCUCUUCACCGCGGCCAAGACGCAGCUGACCCGCAGCGCCAGCACCCGCAGCUACAUGAGGGGCUCUUCGUCGGCCCCCUCGGGGGAGAAGCAGGGAGGAUUCAACUCGCUGCAGAGGAAGCCCAAACAGAAAAGCUUCCGCAGGCGCCUCCUCAAAUUCAUCCCGGGUUUGAACCGGCCGCUGGAGGAGGAGGAGAGCAAACUGUGAGCAGCAGAGACUGAAAGCACCGCUGUCGGACUAAAGGAGCACAGAGAAGGCGUCUGCAGCUGGACAGAACUUUAAGUUAUUUAAUUUAUUCUUCUUUAUGUACAGAAUGAAGGAUUUUCCCGUUUCUUCUGCAUGCACCAACUUUUAUUUACAGUAAAUUAGGGGUUGUGAUUGUUUCAACAUUUUGUACGUUAUAUCUUUAUAUCUUUAGAGGAUUCACAGUUUCCUAAAAAUAAAAAAGUGAUUUUCA